AUGGAGCUGAACCAGCUGUUCGACGUCAAGGACAAGGUGGUGCUGGUCACCGGAGGCGCCAAGGGCAUCGGGCUGAUGAUCUCACGCGGCUUCGUGGCCAACGGGGCCCGGGUAUACAUCUCGUCGCGGGACGCGGCAGCGUGCGAGUCGGCAGCAAAGGAGCUGUCCAGCAGCGGUGGCCCGGGCCAGGCGUUUGCCCUGCCGGCGGACCUGCUGCAGCUCUCCGAGUGCGAGCGGGUGGCGGCCGAGCUCGCCCGGCGCGAGAGCCGUCUCCAUGUGCUCGUCAACAAUUCGGGCAUUGCCUGGGGCGCCCCCAUUGAGGACUUUCCCGACAAGCAGUGGUCCCGAGUGCUCACCCUGAACCUACAGCGCGUCUUUACCCUGACCCAGCUGCUGCUGCCCCUGCUGGAAGCUGCGGGCUCGCCAUCUGCCGCGUCGGCGGCAAAGGAUACGCCCGCUGCUGUUAUCAAUAUUGGUUCUAUCGACGCUCUGCGCGUACCCGUCUUUGAAAACUACUCGUAUAGCGCGGCCAAGGCCGGACUUCACCAUCUGAGCCGCGUACUGAGCGCAAAGCUGGGCCCCAGGGGUAUUACCGUCAAUACGCUCGCCUGCGGGCCCUUUGAGACCAAGAUGACUGCGUUCGCCAUGAAGAAUGCCAAGGCAGAGAUCGAGGAGGGCAAUCCCAUGGGCCGCAUUGGCAAGCCGGGAGACGUUGCUGGGGCCUGCAUCUUCUUGGCAAGUCGGGCUGGAUCAUAUAUCAAUGGAGCUACAAUCAACGUAGACGGAGGCGUGUCCAAUCUUUCAAAGAUGUAG